CUAAGCAUCAGUUGCGAAUGGCAACUGAAAAGCCCAACUUACACACAUUUCCCACGAUUGCUGCUUCUUAUCCUUCUCCAAGACCCCGCCAUGUCGCGACUAUUCAAGUUCUAUGCUUUUGUUGGUCCAUUUAUUCAUCUCCAUUGAUCUCAUUAUUGGGCUGUUUUAUAUUUGGCCUGGCUGAUCAUCUUUCACUGUCUAAUCCAUUCAAAUGAAGUUCAACAAAAUUUUAGCUACAGCACUGGGUAGAAAACCCAAGAUUGCAGCUAACAAAGGCACAAAUGUUACUGAUAAAAAGAUCGAUCAGUUACUGAUCAGGGACAUGGAGGAGAUUCUCGAGUCAUGGGAGCUUCCAUCGUUGCUUGGGUCUGAAGAAGAGGAAGAGGAAGAGGAAGAAGAAGAAGAAGAAGAAGAAGAAGAAGAAGACAAUGUUGGCGGCGGAAGCGAAAAUUUGAGGUGCAUCCAUGUAAAGGAUGAGGACUCUUGGCAAAUUCUGGUUUCAAAAUCAUCAGCAAGUGAACAAAGCCAUAUGUUCCAUGAAGUUUUGUCCUUUUGGAGAAAGAAAGAGAAAGAAGAGUCAGAAUUAAAGAGUAAAGAAGAGUCAGAAUUAAAGAGUAAAGAAAAUGGGAGAUUCUCUAGUUCAAUGGCAUCAAGCGAACUUCCCACACAAAAGGUUGGAAGUGAAAACUCUACCAAUGAAGCAGUUGUGGUAUUUGUUUUAGGUGGUCCAGGCAGUGGAAAGGGUACUCAAUGUCCCAAAAUUGUGGAACACUUCGGGUUUACAAAUAUUUGUGCUGGUGAACUUCUGCAAGCAGAAGUUGAGUCUGGAUCUGAAAAUGGAGAAAUGAUCCUGAAAUUCAGGGAAGAAGGAAAAAUCGUCCCUUCUGAGAUAACUAUGAAGCUUUUGCAGCAGGCAAUGCAGCAAAGUGAAAAGAAGAAAUUUCUCAUUGAUGGAUUCCCUCGUAAUGAAGAAAAUCGCACUGCAUUUGAGAACACUAUGAAAAUUGAACCUGACCUGGUGCUAUUUUUUGACUGCCCCUCAGAGGUGUUGACAAAACGUCUUCUAAGCAGGAACCAGGGAAGAGUUGAUGAUAACAUUUAUACCAUACAAAAACGACUGGAAGUUUAUUUUGAAUCAACUCUGCCUGUAAUCAACUACUACAGCUCAAAAGGAAAAGUUGAAAAGAUUGAUGCUCAAAGAUCCAUUGAUGAGGUAUUUGAAGAUGUCAAAGGUGUCUUCUCCAAGCUCAAACCAAAAAGUGUUGUGGGCUUAAAGAAUGAAUGCAACAUCCUGCAAAUUGGAGCCCAAGUCUCAUCCAUUAUCUAAAGGAAUGAAAAAACUUGCUUUAUCUGCUACUAUCUUCUUUUUUUUUUUUUUUUUUUUUUUUCUCAUUUGAUUAGCCCUAGUACACAGGUAAUUAUAUAUAAGAAAAAAGAACAUGGAAACCCAGCUAUAUUAACCUUACUUUAUGAGCAGAAGAGAAAUGCUUAGCAGAAGCAAUCAUGGUGGCCUCUGGACCAGCAAGUUGGUGUUCUUUUUCUCUUAAAAUCUUCAUCUUUAACAGCCACACUGAAGCACGAGGCUAAUGACAUAAUGAUCCAUGGGCAUGGCUGUCCAUUCUCUGCCUUUUGAUCCUUGCUCAUCUUCUUAAUUACACACUGGUGAUUAAGCUAGUUUUGACGAAGCAUGAUAUGUAAUUAUUUUUUAAAAUUAAUUAAAAUGUUUACAAUUUUAUAUAAGCACAGUUUCUU